AUGGAGACAGAACAAAAUCAGCUAAUAGAGUUUCUGGAAGUUCUAAUAAAAAGAUGCAAUGGGAAACUAAGCCACACAGUGUACCGCAAGCCGAUUCACACAGAUAGGUACCUACAUGCCUCAUCCAACCAUCAUCCAAGCCAAAAAAGAGGAAUCAUUACAACCUUAACAGAACGUGCCCGGAGGAUCUGUGAUCCACAACACCUGGAAGCAGAACUAGAUGACCUCAAAGAAGCCUGCCAAUCAAAUGGAUACAGGAUAUCUGAUAUCGAUAAGUCUAUGAGGCCCAGAACUGCCUCACGACAAGACCCGGGUGAACAACUAACGUUUGCGAGUGCUUAUCUACAAACGCUAAGAUCAGCCAAGGACAAGAGAGAUCUACUGUCAGCCGCCGGAGUCUACCGCAUACCAUGCACGUGUGGAAAGGUGUACGUUGGAACGACAAAAAGAUCUGUCGCAACCAGGAUAAAGGAACAUCAGAGAAGCUGCAGACUGGGACAAACGGACAAAUUGGCAGUAGCGGAACACGCGCUCAGUGAAGGGGAUCACAACAUUCUUUUUGGGGAAGCCAGGCUUCUUGCGCCUACUUCGGGCUAUCACGCCCGCCUCGUACGAGAAGCAAUAGAAAUCCAUAAACAUACAAAUAAUUUCAAUAGAAAAGUAGAGACACUGCAGCUCAAACAAAUUUGGAACCCCAUCUUAAGGAACACAAGGACAGCCCCGGAAGAAAUUCCACUCAACGACGGCCAUUAA